GAAAUGAUUAUACAGAGUUUAAUUAAAGGCGAGUACUUUCGACAAAAGGAUGGAAUAUCCAUGGGCUCGGUGGUCGGCCCAAAGCUGGCAGAGAUUGUUAUGAAAAAUAUAGAUAAAACGUUGCUGAACUUAGGUGGAAUAGUUUUUCUGGCACGAACAACCAGAAGUGAAAAAAGAAUAGAAGAACUCAAAAAAAUAAAUAAGAAGUACUUGUUGAACAAUUAUCCGAAAAGAUUGCUGAGGAACUGGUAUGAUGAAUAUUCAAAAAGAAGAUUUCAAGUAAAGCAACAAAAAGAAAGUAAAAAGUAUGUUUCUUUUCCAUAUAUCCAAGGUAUUUUCGAA